AUGCCUGAAGAAAGCCCUCAACAUAGAAAUGCUGGGGUGCUGCCUUACUCAAUGCCAGGUAGACUCUUUAAGCUUUUUGGAGUUAAGGAACACCACCAUCACAUUGCCUCAGCACACCUUCCAUUGCGUCUUUUGGCCUUGUUUGUUUCCAUUUUUGUUGCGUUGGCUUCUGGUACACCAUACUUAUAUGGAGUCUAUUCUCCACAAUUGAUCAAGAGGAUAGGACUCACGACCUCAGAUUCGGCAACUAUAUCCUUAGCUUCAAAUAUGGGGUCGAGUAUAGGGGGCUUACCAGGUGGAUUAUUAAUUGAUCAUUAUGGACCUCAACUAAGCAUCUUCAUAGGAUCCAUUUGUAUCUUCUUGGGCUAUUUUGUAUUAUUUAAAAUUUAUCAACACCAGUAUGCCCAUUUACUAGUGAUCUGUGUUGCCAUGAUAUUUGUUGGGUUCGGAUCGAUCACUAGUUAUUUCGCUACUUUGAAAGCGUCGCAGGCGAACUUUCCAAAGAAUAAGGGUGUUGCAGGUGCCAUACCUGUGAGUUGUUAUGGUUUUGCUGCCACAGUUUUCUCAAUAAUCUCGGCAGCAUUCUUUAAUGAUAACGCCGGCGAGUUGUUGGAGUUUUUAGCAUGUUUUUGCGGUGCGGUGAAUUUUUUUGGCUCUUUUUUUGUCCAUGUCUAUCACGCCGAUGAAGAAGAUGGUGGAGGUGAUAUAGAAGACCAAGAGAUUUUUAACCCACUGUCCCUGCAGAGCCAAUAUUCUAGAGAUAGACAUGGCUCCAAUUACCUUCCAGAAGAUGAAAUCUCGUUGUUGACCGAGAUUGAACCACCUGCACAAUCAGUAUCAAAGGCAGAAUCUUUGAAAGGAUCAUUUAGUUUUUGGGGAAUCGGCGACAGAACCCCUCGAGCAUCCAUGAGUUUACAGGAAUCAGAAGCCAAUAGCAUUGUAGGCGAUCUUCGUGGAGGAAAUGCAACUAACGGUAACAAUAAUAGUGACAAUAAUAAAAAUACUAAUAAUACUAAUGCUAUUACUAAUAGUGGUAAUGCAGAAGAGGUUACCGUUGCAAAAGUGAAGGCAAGAUUGCAAACUCCCUAUCAGACGAUCAAAGAACGUCUUACUGAUAAAGUGUUUUUGACUCAUUACUUAAUUGUUUCUGUUGCAUCGGGAAUUGGUCAAAUGUACAUCUAUAGUGUUGGAUUUGUUGUCAUUGCUCAAUAUUAUUAUAAUAAAAAGCACGGCAUCGAUAUGUCCCUGCGAAAUGUGGCAAGCACAUUGGCCCAUGACCCUGAGGCUGCUUCGAUUCAAGCUAUCCAAGUCUCUAUCAUAUCAAUAGCCUCGUUUGUUGGCCGUCUUCUUUCUGGGUUCAUUAGUGAUUACAUUUAUAAACAAUGGCAUAUUCAAAGGCUCUGGAUUGUGGCGUUUACAUUAAUUCUAUUGGCCUCUGGUCAAUUUAUUGCAAUACAAAACGUGUCUUCGUUCCAUUUGACUUCUGUCGUGUCAGCUAUAAUUGGAGGUAGCUAUGGGCUCAUAUUUGGCACAUAUCCUGCUGUAAUUGCCGACUCGUUUGGCACCAAAACGUUUUCAACAAACUGGGGUUUAAUAUGUACGGGGCCAUUGCUUAUCUUGUUUGUAUUGAACAAGUAUUUUGGGUGGAUUUACGACUUGAACACAGACAAGGAGACUGGAAUUUGUUAUCUUGGAAACAAGUGUUAUAUGGGUGCAUUUGAAGCAAGUUUAGUCUUGUGUGGUGUUUGUUUUGUAGUGGUAGUGGCAUUGAUGUUCACGCAGCGCAAGAGGAAUUAG